CCAUCAAUGAGAGCUCGAUUUUCACUUCCUCGUCCUUACUCACGUUCUGACUAGGAUCCAUGAGUGUCUUAGUGGGGGCAGAGUGAGACGAUCGAGCGCGUUCUGACUAGGAUCCAUGAAUGUCUUAGUGGGGGCAGAGUGAGAAGCGCGAGAGGAAGCGAAUUUCUGGACGUUGCCUUAUUCGUUGGAUCGGGUUGUGCGUUGUCGUAUUUAAUUGGUUCUGUUGGUGAAGUGAAUCCGACGCUGGGUUGAUGGGUGUCUGUUCGAUGUGAUUCAAAGGAAAUCUGGUUGCAGUAAUUGAGUCGGCUUGUGUUGGAACUCUGUGAAGUGUCCGAAUUGUGCCUCUUGCAUUUGAGGUUCUUUGUUUCGAAGGUGGAGGGGUUGUGGUUGUCUGGUUUUGUGAUCAGGAGUCCAGUGCUGGGAACUGCCAUGAGUCCAGUGGUUUGUAGUUGGAAUUCUGAUCAUGUGUUUGUGGUGUGAGACCAUUGGAGUUGAGUGAUGACGUUUGCUUGAUUUGUUGGGGAGUUAAUGUCACGCGGGUCACGUCGUUGAGUGUUGGUGGUUCACCGCAUGCUCGUGAAUGUAGCACGUUCGUUGCAGUCUUUGUGGGAGUUUGAAGGGCUUUCAUCGUGGGGAAUCGACGUGGGAGGGGAAAUUACCUCGCUCCUUGAGUUCCAGUGGUAGUGAUCGGUUCUGCUGCGUGCAUUGGCGGCAUUUUCUUGGGGAUUUUUAAAGAGUUACGAGGGUUGUACGUUUGUGAACUCGGUGGAGUCAGUUCUGAUUCAUGUUGGUGGGAAAUUGGGCCAUGGCUGGAGGGGAAGAAUGACGCAGUGGUUGCUCGACUCCCUCCUUCCCCUUCGUAUUCCUUUGACUGCAAGGGCUUCGAAGCCUUCUGUCAUCUCUCGAUGCCUGCCAAGUUAAACGCCUGCAAGUAAUCUGGGUCCUAUUCUCUCCAGACUUUGGAACAAGAACUUGAGAGCGAGCCUGUCGUAAUCUAUUGUAAACUUUGGAGCCAGAGUGGAGUAGUAAUGAGCGUGUAUGCGGCGCUGUUAUGGGUUCUCAUGCUCAUGACAGGUGCGGUGUUCUCAUCCGAGGCAGCUCUUGCGCCUUUGAAAGGAACGCCGAAGGCCAAUGCUUACGCAACAAUGUUGUACAUGGGCACACCUCGCGAUUACGAAUUUUAUAUAGCCGCUCGCGUCAUGUUGGGGACGCUGGUGCGAUUACAAGUUGAUGCGGAUGUUGUUGUCCUCGCCUCGGCAAACGUACCUCCACAUUGGCAGAAGACUCUAAUUGAGGAAGGUGCCAAGGUUGUGGUCGUAAAUGAUAUUCAGAACCCUUAUAGAGAUCAAAACGAAUUCGACAAGCGCUUUAUGUUCACGUUGAACAAGAUCUACGCGUGGAGUUUGACGCAAUACCAGAGGGUGGUGAUGCUUGACGUGGAUAAUUUAUUCCUGCGGGCUCCGGACGAGCUCUUCCAGUGCGGGCAGUUUUGUGCUGCUUUUAUCAACCCGUGUAUUUUCCACACGGGUCUAUUUGUUCUGCAGCCAUCAAAUGAAACUUUCAGUAUCAUGAUGCAUGAUAUCAGCAUUGGAAAGGAGAACAAGGAUGGAGCAGAUCAAGGAUUCUUGGUCAACCAUUUUAACGAUCUUCUCGAUCAACCCCUGUUCCACCCUCCUGCUGACGGUUCAAGACUGACUGGGCUAUUUCGGCUUCCACUUGGAUAUCAAAUGGACGCUUCAUUUUUUUAUCUGAAGCUCAAAUGGAGAAUACCGUGCGGCCCAAAUAGCGUCAUCACAUUUCCCAGUGUCCCCAUGUUGAAACCCUGGUAUUGGUGGUCGUGGCCAACCCUGCCUUUGGGGCUUUUAUGGCACGAAAAGCGUGUAGCAACCAUUGGAUUUAUGGUCGAGACACCCAUCCUCAUAGCCGAGAGUCUCUUGUACAUUAUCAUCAUGCUCCUGGCACUGAUAAUUCGGCAAAAAUGCGCGUCCUCGGAGAAGAGCUCCAUGGCUAGAAUCUCGUGCUUCGGUCGCGGCCCCUGUGCUGAGAAGAGUCUGUAUCGUCCUUGGUCCAUUAAGGUCAUAAUCCUUGGCUUGGUAACUGGCAGCUUCCUUCUCCCUGCCUUCACUAUCCCCACCACAGUGCAUCCCUUCAUGGGCUGGGGAGUCUUUCUGCUGGGAUCGUUCUCCCUCCUCACCUUGGUGAUCAAUGUGUUCCAGCUUCCUGCUCUUGCGGUGUUGACUCCCUGGCUUGGAGGUAUAGGAGCUCUAUUGACUUUGGGGUCACCGAUUUAUACAAAUGGCAUCAUGCGAGGAGUGGGGAUCGGGGUGUACACUGCCAUGACAACUCCAUUUCUGUGGUGGGCUGCGAAACGAGUGAGUGGGGUAGUGGACGUGAAGGCUCACUGGGAACCUCUCAUGGCGUGGACCAGCCUCAGAUCAGAACCUGCUUCAGAAAUUUUGAUGAAAUUGUGCUGAAGUUUCACUUGCAGAUACACCUGAUUAAAUGGCACCCAAUUCCACUUGGGAUUAGACCGAAUCAAUUUUCAUGCAUUUUGUACAAGGAUUGCAAAGCCAACCAUUCGUCAAUCGAAUUGUUUCUACUCAUGUAUCAAACAAGAAACAGAUUUGUUUUUAAGAUUGUGAGCAAGAAUCAUGUGAUAUAAUGGGUUUCUCCUACAAGUGUGUAACUAACCGAAGUGCUAAUAACCGUACAUCUACAAAGAUGUCUGAAGAUGGUCAAUUUAUCGAUUACCAGAUGGAGACCAGAAAACCUCCGGAGUUUGAAGAUUUAAGCUUUCCGUUUGUGGGGCCAAUCUCGUUUUCAAGCAUCAUAUUCCUUGAGCUCUUCGGGCUAAUCCAGGUUUUGGUUCUACCUUUCAAUUAUUUGAAUAUUAUACACGCCAUGGAUAGAGAUGCUAUCCAAAGCGUUGGAUCUCUCUUAAGAUUGGUUUUGUUAGAGGUUUCUCUAAGUUUAGAGCCAUGACAGUUCCCCGAUUCAUUAUUUUCAGAAUAGCAAACUUGUUCCCCGAUUUGUUUUAUUUUGGGAAGUUGAUGAAUCACCUUCGUAAUCAAAUUUCAACCAGACUGUCACUUGCAGUCUCUUGUAAUAUUUCAAAAGUUGCAUUACUCGUUUAAUGUAGUGUUUGACUCGGCAGACAUUCUGCCCACUGGGUUCAGCGUCGCACAUUUUCCACGGCGCUUUGAAA